AUGGGGGCCCGAACAAAUUACUCAGUAGUGACCAGCUGGGGUUACUAUAAUACUACAACGAAACGUUGGGACGGCAUGAUUGGGGAACUUUCACACAAAACCGCAGACCUUGGUGCCUCACCGUUGUUCUUUACCAGUGAUCGAAUCGCCGUAAUCGACUACGUUGCCAUGACGUCAGCAACUCGAUCGAAAUUCAUCUUCCGAUCGCCGAAACUUUCGUUCACCGAAAACGUAUUCCUGCUCCCAUUCGAUGAUAUCGUUUGGUUAUGCAUAGUGUUAGUAAUUCUACUAUCCUCCGGAUUGUUGGUUUUGACUGCGCUAGCCGAAUGGCGAGUUCCGCUAAUUCAGGAUGAUCCACGCGAUCCUAGCAUUCUACGGCCGACAUUCCGCGAUACGCUGCUAAUGAUAUACGGAGCGACCUGCCAGCAGGGCUCAUCUACCCUGCCCCGCAGUUGCUCCGCUAGAACCAUCACCAUGAUUACGUUCACAAUUCUAAUGUUCCUGUACGUGUGCUACUCGGCCAACAUCGUUGCUCUGCUGCAGAGUCCAUCGACAAAAAUUCGAACACUAGAAGACCUGCUCGCGUCUCGGUUGAAAUUUGGAGCUCACGACACAGUCUUCAAUAGGUACUACUUCACCCAUGCGACGGAACCGACACGUCAGGCGAUCUACGAGCGAAAAAUUCGUCAACCGGAUGGAUCGGAGAGCUUCAUCCAGUUAGAGCAAGGAAUCAAUAAAAUCCGGCACGGAUUGUAUGCAUUUCACGUUGAACAAGGUGUUGGUUACAAGGUCAUCAGCGAAACCUAUCAGGAGGACGAAAAGUGUGGUCUGCAGGAGAUUCAGUAUCUGCAGGUAGUCGAUCCGUACUAUGCGAUUCAAAAGAAUUCAUCCUACAAAGAGCAUGUCAAAAUUGGAUUAUUCCGUCUCAACGAGCACGGCAUUCAGUAUCGGGAAAAUUCUAAUUUCUACACUAAAAAACCCAAAUGUACCGGAGGAGGAGGCAAAUUCGUACCGGUUAGCUUGGUGGACACGGAACCGGCCAUUCUGGUGCUUGUGUGGGGUUCCGCUUUGGCAGCUAGCGCAGUGAUUGCUGAACUAAUUUGGGCGAAAAGUUGGGAAAAAAUUCUAGACUGGAAAGGCAGACAGGUGCAGUUGUAUGGAAAGUGA